CGCCGCAGAGCGGCGGAGUAGCUGAUGCUCACUCACUUUUCUUGUCUGCAGAGAUUCCUGUCGACGACGAUAAUGGAAGGAGUGGUUCUUAAGGCGCCGUCUUUUACUUUCCCGAACCCGAAUUCCACUUUCCGGAGCUCCAUAGCCCGCCGCAGAUACUCCUAUUAUCUCUCCGUCUCAGCUUCCACCGUCCGUGAGACCGGCCCCGCCAGUAUUGGAUCCGCCUCACUCGGUCACCGUACCCGACCUGACUUCCCUAUCCUGCACCAGGAGGUGAACGGGUCGAAACUAGUAUACUUGGAUAACGCCGCCACUUCUCAGAAGCCCGUUGCAGUGUUGAAGGCACUGCAGAACUACUAUGAAGGUUACAAUUCAAACGUGCAUCGUGGUAUUCAUUACUUGAGUGCUAAGGCCACAGAUGAGUAUGAGUUGGCUAGAAAGAAGGUAGCAGCUUUUAUAAAUGCUGCAGAGUCGAGAGAGAUUGUGUUUACAAGGAAUGCUACUGAAGCUAUUAAUCUGGUGGCUUAUUCCUGGGGCCUCGCAAAUCUAAAACCAGGAGAUGAAAUCAUCCUUACGAUUGCUGAACAUCACAGUGCCAUUGUUCCUUGGCAACUUGCAGCACAAAAGACUGGUGCCGUGCUGAAGUUUGUCAAUCUAAAUGAAAAUGAAAUUCCAGAUGUACUUGAGUUAAAAGGAAUGCUUUCAGCGAAGACGAAACUUGUAAUGGUUCAUCAUGUAUCAAACGUGCUUGCUUCUGUUCUUCCAAUGGAGGAUAUUGUGCGUUGGGCGCAUGAUGCUGGAGCAAAAGUGCUCGUAGAUGCCUGUCAAAGUGUUCCACAUAUGGUGGUUGAUGUACAGAGUCUGGAUGCUGAUUUUCUUGUUGCCUCCUCUCACAAGAUGUGUGGGCCUACAGGCGUCGGAUUCUUAUAUGGUAAAGCCAAUCAUUUGUCUGACAUGCCUCCAUUUUUAGGUGGUGGAGAAAUGAUCUCUGAUGUAUAUCUUGAUUAUUCCACGUACGCAGAGCCUCCGUCCAGGUUUGAGGCUGGAACGCCUGCAAUCGGGGAAGCAAUUGGGCUGGGAGCGGCAAUUGAUUACCUUUCAGGAAUUGGCAUGAAAAACAUUCAUGACUAUGGGAUGGAGCUGGCUAAUUAUUUAUAUGAAAAUCUCUGUUCUGUCCCUGAUGUCCGGAUAUAUGGCCCAAAACCUUCAAAUAAGGUUCAACGUGUUGCUUUGUGUUCUUUCAAUGUUAAGAAUAUCCAUCCCACAGACAUUGCUACUUUCCUGGAUCAACAGCAUGGAGUGGCUAUUAGAUCAGGCCAUCACUGUGCGCAACCUCUUCAUCGGUAUUUAGGAGUCAAUGCAAGUGCACGUGCUAGCCUUCACUUCUACAACACUAAAGAAGACGUUGAUAACUUCAUCGAGGCACUCAAGGACACCGUCAGCUUUUUCAGUUCUUAUCGAUAAUCAAUAAAUUGUUCUACCACCAUGUACUAUGAUUUGUUGUCUACAUUCAAUCUUUAUACAGGAAUAGGUUUGGUUUCCUUCUUCUUUUCCCCCUCUCCCUCCUUCCCUGGCAGGAGGUGCCUUCCCUAUCCUUACUCCCUUGUGUCUGUUUUGGUCGAUAGGUGUGUGUUUCCAAUAAAUGUGUCUGUACUUGUCAAUCUCUGCAUUGAAAGUUGCUAGAUUAUUGCGAAGUAACUUGUUUGAACUUCUGUUCUAGGAAGAAGAAAAAUAAGCCAAAGCACUUGCUUUUAUUUC